GGCAGGCGCGCGGGGCGGCUCGGAAACGAAUUCUGCGCGGGGAAGCUCAGCCCGGCGGUGGCGGCGGCGCUGGCCGUGGCGGCGAUUCCACGUGUUCUCCGCGGCCGGUUGGAACCGUUGGCGGGCGCCGGCCGAGAGGCCUUUAAUUCCUGACCUUCCGUGACGGACCAAGUCUCCCAGUUGGAUCCCAGAGCUUGCCGAACCCACCAUCCCCUCUCCCCUCAAUCAAGAAACCGGAUAGACCUCAACGAGGAAGGACAAGACUUAAAACCUAUCUUGGAUAGAGGAUAUUUAAUCAUUUAGCUAAAAAUGGUAUUUUUUACAUGCAAUGCAUGUGGUGAAUCAGUGAAGAAAAUACAAGUGGAAAAGCACGUGGCUCUUUGCAGAGGCUGCGAAUGCCUCUCCUGCAUUGACUGCGGUACAGAUUUCUGGGGUGACGACUAUAAAAACCAUGUGAAAUGCAUAAGUGAAGAUCAGAAGUAUGGUGGCAAAGGCUACGAAGGUAAAACCCACAAAGGCGAUAUAAAACAGCAAGCAUGGGUUCAGAAAGUUAAUGAAUUAAUAAAAAGACCCAACGUCAGCCCCAAAGUGAAGGAACUUUUAGAGCAAAUUAGUGGUUUUGACAACAUUCCCAGGAAAAGGGCGAAAUUUCAGAAUUGGAUGAAGAACAGUUUAAAAAUUCAUAACGAAUCCAUUCUGGAGCAGGUGUGGAAUAUCUUUUCUGAAGCUUCCAGCAGCGGACCGGUCAGUAAGGGGCAAGACGAACGGCCACACAACCAGGUGGCACACCCACCUGCAGAAACCUCCACCAAGGUGCCACCCCCCAGAGCAAACGACACCACGGAAGGACAAACAGAGGUGAAGAAGAACAAGAGAGAGAGGAAAGAAGCGAAGAAAGAACUGAAGUUAGCAAACCACCGAGAGAGCUCAAAGAGCCACAAACCGAAAAGGCGCAAGGCGGGGCAGGAGACGGAGCAGGCGGCCGGGGGUGCGGACGCCAAGGCCAGCGCCGCAGGGAAGAGGAGCCGGGGCAAGGAUGGAGAUGGGGCCCACGGGAGAGACACGGCCGGGGAAGGAGUGCAAACCAGUCCAGGGAGAAGAAAGCGCAAGCUUUCGGAAGUUGGUGCAGAUUCUAAGAAGAAAAAGGUAAAGAUCCCAGGACAUUCUGAGGGUGAAGAACCAGAAAACCACGAAGCCCCUGUAAAAGGUAAAUUCAACUGGAAGGGAACCAUUAAAGCAAUUCUGAAACAGGCCCCGGACAAUGAAAUAGCAAUCAAGAAGCUAAGGAAAAAGGUUUUAGCUCAGUAUUAUGCUGUGACAGAUGAACACCACAAAUCUGAAGAGGAGCUCCUGGUCAUCUUUAACAAGAAACUCAGCAAGAACCCCACCUUUAAGUUACUAAAGGGCAAAGCCAAGCUUGUGAAAUGAACAUUUUUAUAUUUAUAAACUGAAUCCAUUUUGUUGAAUUUUUCCUUUCACUGCUGUUUGUAAAACGUGGUGAAUUAUAACAACUCAAAUUUUGUUUUCCAAAGCUGUAUUUUUAAGUUAAGAAAAAAUAUAUAUUUUGGUAGAACUUUUAUGAGAAAAUAAAAUAUAUUGUCGAAAAUUCUAAA